ACAGAAGAUAUUUCAACAGUGUGUCUUCCCUUAUCCGAAAGUCGUCCUCCAAAGCUCCGUUUUCAACACUUCCAUGUUGCAUUUGCAAUGAGUUCGAUUUCCACCGCAGUUGCCACAAAUGCUAACACCAAAGAAGAAAUAACCAUGGAGAUUCCAACCUUUGUCCGAGUUUACAAGGAUGGCACCAUCGAACGUCUCCAAGACUCUCCAUUUGUGCCACCCACCCUUGAAGAUCCAACCACAGGAGUAUCAUCCAAAGACGUUAUCAUCUCCGAUAACCCCCCAAUCUCUGCUCGCCUCUACCUUCCAAAAUUGAUCCAAUUUGAAUCCCAGAACGAUAGAUUCCCCAUCUUGGUCUACUUUCAUGGCGGUGGAUUCUUCUUUGAAUCUGCCUUCAGCCAACUCCACCAUAAAUAUAUGAGCAUGUUUGUGUCCAUAGCUCACGUUGUAGUGAUUUCUGUGGAGUACAGGCUCGCCCCAGAGACCCCUCUUCCUGCAGCUUAUGAAGACUGUUGGGAAGCUCUUAAAUGGGUGGCCACCAAAACCGAGCCAUGGACAAAGAACCAUGGUGAUUUCAACAGAGUUUUCUUAGGGGGUGACAGUGCUGGCGCUAACAUUGUGCAUAACAUUGCCUUGCGUGCUGGUGCUGAGGUUUUACCUAAUGGUGUCAAACUCUUGGGUGCUUUAGUUUCUCAACCUUACUUCUUCGGUUCAAAGCCAAUAGGAUCUGAACAAGUUGUGGGGCACGAGCAGAGUGCAGCCUUUCUUGUGUGGGAUUUCGUUUACCCAUCUGCGCCUGGUGGGCUUGACAACCCCAUGAUCAAUCCUUUGGUUGUUGGGGGCCAUAACUUGGGUGGGCUUGGGUGUUCUAAACUUCUUGUUUGUACGGCUGAAAAGGAUCAGCUGCGGGACAGAGCAGUGUCCUACUAUAAGGCUGUGAAGGAGAGUGGGUGGCAUGGUGAAGUUGAACUGUUUCAAAUGGAAGGGGAGGAUCACGUUUUUCACAUUCACAAUCCCGAAACCGAAAAAUCCAAGAUCAUGCUGCAACGCUUUGCGGAUUUUCUACUGCAGUAAAG